AUGCUAGGUAUAUUGAACAGCAUCUACCAAGAGCCUCCCUGCCAAACAGUAGAGCAGAGAGGCAAGGCAGCAGUGAUUGGUGGACCAGUCGAGCAUCGCCUAACGGACGACGGGUCGAUCUCGCCCCCCCCGACAUAUGUGUUAACUGACACUUGGGGGUGUUCUGCGCGUCUGCUGCCCCACGCCCGCGCGCGCCGAAAAGCGCUCGGGCGCUCUGUAAAGAGAGCGCGAGUGGACGACUGGCUGCCACCGCGCCAACUCUGUUCCGGCCGUCAGUCUCCCCGCACCGGCGUUAUGGGCCUGGGGGUUCCUUACUGA